AUGAAGACCCUCAUUGUGUUGGCAGUUCUGGUGACCAUUGCCUCGGCCCUUCCUCAAUUCGGAGGCUUUGGAGGCCCAGGAUUCGGUGGACCCGGCUUCGGCGGCUUCGGCGGCGGCGGCUAUGGCAGACCAGGCUUCGGUGGACCCGGUGGAUUUGGUGGCGGUCCCGGCUACGGCGGCUUCGGUGGCGGUCCCGGCUAUGGCGGUUUUGGUGGCGGUCCUGGAUUUGGAGGCGGACCCGGCUAUGGCGGUGGUGGCUUUGGAGGCGGCGGUCGUCGACGUCACGGCGGUCAUGGUGGCGGAGGCGGCGGUGGCGGCGCCUCGGGCGGUGGAGGUGGCUUCUAUGGAUAG